UUAAUGUGCUAUUUUAGGCCCCCCAGGGGACUUUCUCCCAGCCCAGUUAGUGGUGAGGCUCAUUCUGCCUUGCCUUGCCGUCUGGCCACUGUGAGGUGAGAGUGUAGGGGUUUGGGGUGCUGCUGACAUGGGCUGCUGCUUCAGUAAAGAGCUAAACCCAAAUGUGACCACUGAACGGACGAGUCUCCUCCACGCGUCCCUCCAGGAGGAUUCAGCGAAGGAGGUGGUGUGGGAGCAUGAAGAGAGGUCCGCGGGAUGGGUCAGCAGGAACGGAAAGUCGGCCCGCGCUGCGGAGAAGGACUUCGUACAGCACGUGUGGGGCCGUAGCGUAUUUUGGGAAUCGCCUGUCCAAGAUCACGGGACGCCGAAAGGGGCUAUUAAUAAGCAAGUAGUGAAAUGUUCUGCUGCUGGAGAAGGAAGCCAACGCCCCAAGGAGAGCUCCAAGCACACUAGCGAGAAACCCAGCGUGGAAGAGAUGUCUAGCUCCACCAGCAGAGACAAGGAGGAAAUGAUGGGAAACAUGGCAAGAGGGAUGAAGCUUGAAGCUCAAACUGGGAAUGUGGAGAUAGAGGGACGCGGUCGCCUUAGCGUUUCUUCCACGGGAGGACAUUCAAAAUCUCUGAGCAGAAGAUCACCAGAAACAUCAAGGGGCUCUGGAAGCCAUUGUGCUUCCUCUUAUGGCAGAGCAGUUGUUGAUGGAAACUGUAAAGAAAAUGCUGCCAUGUCCACAGAGAACAUGCAGCUGUCUGUGGGUGCUAACAAACCGGGAGAGGAAAGUGUUUCCACGUCGAAGACUGAGGACUCUCAAGUUAAGGAGGCCCUGGUUUCAGGUAGGAGCAUGUUCACAGGGGACCGUGAGUCACAUCUAGUGUCUGCCUUGGGGCACAAACUGAAAACCAGGACUCAGAAUUUCUAUAGCAUCUGUUCUAUUGAUAUCAAAGACAUGGAAAAUGAGAGCGGGGUAUGUUCCCCUGUGCCGUCGGGAAUUCUUCUGAAGACAAGUUCCUCAGCUGUUGUGGGGAAUAGACCGUGUGGUGAAACAACAUCUCUGAGCCAAGCUUCUGGAAUUUCAGCUCCAUCUCAUCUGAGUAGAGGGCGCAAGGAUUUCCUCGAAAGUGAAAGGGGCAGGCGUUUCACAAAGUGCUCAGAAACUGAAGCUGAAGAUUUUCUUGUCACCUGUCACCCCUCUGUGCCUUCUCUGUGGGAAUGUGGAGAAGAGCAUGUAGACAAGUCCACCUUGGUUUCCUGUGUUCUUCCUUUAAAGGCUGAGGUGUUUUCAAAUGAUAUGUCUCUCAAUGUGGAUAUCAUCCAAUUAAGUGGUGACUGUUCCCAUCAUGUGUCCAUAAGGGAACAAGGUCAGAGGUCAAAUGACUUCCACUGUGAGGCUACUGCUGACAUUAUUAAUUCUACCACUCACACAUUUGAAGCAACCAGUCAGCAGGCCGCCUUUAGCAGAAGCAGUGAGUGUUCUGUAAAUCCAUUGGUUCCUCCUGUUGCCACGUAUGAGUUGGCUGGCGAAAACAUGGGUGAGAAUUUCCAAAAGGUGGGGCUUGUUGAGUUUGAACCUAAACACGAAAGCUCAGGUGGUACAAACAGGCAUUUUAUCCAGCUUGUGAGUACAGGUCAGCUGUCAGAAAUGGCAGCACCGCCGGAAAAUCUGGAGCAUCCUGGUGAUUUUGUCAUCAAACCUGUGCUGAAUGACUUUCGUGGCAGGAGAGCUGUAGAAAGCAGUAUAAUGGCCAUGGGGGGCACAUACGUUUUGACAAGGAAAGAGUCAGACCAAGAGCAGAUGCAGCAUGAGAGGCUGGUCAAAGACCCUGGUGUGAGUAAGACUUGGCUGCAGGAAGAGCCUGCUUCCAUUGAAACAGCAUCUGGUCUGAAGGCUCAACCAUCUGUAGGACAUUUGCCAACGGCAGAAUGUAAAAAUGGAUCUCUGGAUGUACACUGGAAUCACACAGUCAGGACACCAAGUGCUGUGGCACAGUGUCAGACACAUCGGGAGUUGGACACAUCUGGAAACUGGCCUCAUAUCUGUGAAGUGCACUGUUCCUCAGAACCACUGCUGACGACACCUGCAGCAAAUCAUUCAAUUUGGUGUGAUCCCUCUGACACAGGAGAUCAGCCUGUCCAGUCAGAAAUAAUAACUGGGGACACGCACUCACUCUGUUUAUCGUCAUCCACGAGAGCAGCCUGCUGUGAAAAGGGCAUCUGUGCAGCACUUGCUGACAAGAAUGACACCGUAAAGAUUAAUCUUGGAAGUGAGGGUGGAACUAGUAGCCUCAGUUCUGUGGCUACUACAGAUCUCUCGAGUUCUUAUCUCGGUGAAGGACAAGACGCCUCGGACUGUGUGGCUGUCUGUGGAAUAUUAGAUCGAGUUGACGACUCUGAUCCUGCAGAUGUUUAUAAUCAGAGUUUAGAUUCCAGGUCACAGGGUCCCCUAAAUCAGAUUGGGGAGGCAGGAGUUCAAGCCACACAAGUUUUCUGCAGCACUGAGGAUGUUUCAGAGUUACAUAGAUUGUUACCAGAUCAGGUUGAUUGCAGAGAAUGGAUCCAAAAGGGUGAGUAUUUGCCUGCUGCAUCCAGAGAUUCUGGAAAUCAGGCAGGAAUCCCAGUGCAGCCUCAUGUUGGUGAGAGUACUUGGCCUUGUGGUCAGGUUAGUCUGUUGGAUACACAUCUCCCUUUGAGCAAUUUAGGAAGUUCACAGACAGAACUCAAGGACUCUGAACUGUGGCCAGGAGAAUCAGUGGAGUCUAUAACACUGCAGAGCGUUUUGACAAUGAACUGUGACCCAAAGGACAUCCAAGAAGAUUGUAAGCACCCUCAUAUUAGCAGUCAGGGCCAGGCUGCACAUGGCUCUAAUGAUAACAGGGAUUUUAUCCAUAGUCAUGAUGCACCUCCCACAGUAUCUGACUGCCACUACGUUCCUCUGCUGGCAAAUUUCUGGCCAGACCAGGUCUCACCCGACUGUGGUCAGAACGCGUUUUUGGUCACCCCACACGGCGAGUCGUAUGCUGAACUCCAGUGGCCAGCGGAGGGCAGUGUGGCACAAGCGUUCAAGAACACGGAUCUGCAGGAUGAAAGCAUAGCGGCAGUGAAUGUGGAAUUCGAUCAGGUCGACAUCUAUGCCUCUACACCUUCCUACGAAAUUUACUUCCAGGCUAUGAAGGCGUCUGAUGCAGUUCAACCAGGAAAGGUCAGGGAUUCCAUGGAUGAGACGGAAGGGGACAGAGAGGUGGGAAUGCUGAACAUGGUUUCGAACUUGUUGGGAAAAUCUGACGUGGUUGAGGAAGGGGAUCUCCCUCUUUACCUCACGCCAUGGGAGGAUCUGUUCCAGGAUGGAAAGCUUAGAGAAUAUCCCCCUCAGUCUGCAUGGAGGUCUAGGUCGCUGAAUGGUGGUGCCCAGAGGUCUGUGAAACCUGGGCCGUUGCUUAUGCCAGUGGACAUGGACAGCGCUGUGGGUUUCAUGGGCCCCAACCCUUACGGCCUGCCAGAACCUAACAGCACUUGUACCUGGGGUUGGCGGGCUGCCUUCAACCAACCUGGUUCUGUCAAGGUUUCUGACCUGAACCCGAACGCCGAGGUAUGGGCCAAUCACAUGCCGUACCUCGGGGCUCCUGGAUUUGAUGACCCCGGUACACCUCACACAUGGCAGGAAACUGCUGUUGGUCCAGACCUGCAUGAGGAAGGGUUCUCUGUCCACAAUGUCACUGCCGAGGACAAGCCAGACCAGGAACUGGAGGAGUCCCAGCCUGGUGGUCCAGAGUUCACUGGCACCAUGGACCUGGAGGGUCCAGACUGCACGGACACAGGGGUCCAGACUGCCGGAGAGUUUGGUUCCUGUGAGCUGGAUGAGCAGGAGGACCUUAGAGAACAUCUGAGGGACACACUGGAGUUCUGCCUGUCGCGGGAGAAUCUUGCUAGUGACAUGUACCUGGUCUCCCAGAUGGACAGUGACCAGUAUGUGCCAAUCGUGACGGUCGCCAACCUGGAGCAGGUGAAGAAGUUGAGCACUGACAUGGAGCUCAUCACCAAUGUCUUGCGCUCACUGCCACUGGUCCAAGUGGAUGAGAAGGGUGAGAAGGUCCGGCCCAAUCAGAACCGCUGCAUCGUUAUUCUGCGGGAGGUCCCGGAGUCCACUCCAGUGGAGGAAGUGGAGGCCCUUUUCAAGGGGGAGAAGCAGCCCAAGUUCAUUAGCUGUGAAUUCGCCUACAACGACAGUUGGUUCAUCACCUUUGAAUCGGAAGCAGAUGCUCAGCGGGCCUAUCAGUACCUUCGAGAGGAGGUGAAGAACUUCCAGGGGAGGCCCGUGAAGGCAAGGAUGAAAGCUAAGGCCAUUGCCAUCAACACCUUCCUGCCAAAGAACUGCUACAGGCCUCUGGAGGGGCCCCGGGACACCCAGAGGGGGCACACAACGUUCUAUGGACCCCCGCUCUAUGGCGCCCCCCAGCAGUUCCCACUGUAUGGUGUCGUGGCCCCCCAGGCAUGGCUAGGGGUGCCUGGCUUCUUGGACCCUGCCCUUAUGGCGCCAUUUCCUAAUCCUAAGUACACGGAUGGGUUCACAACCCCCCCGGCGUUCAAGUCCUGUGCUGGCCCGGCCCACCCCAGGCAGUACUCCCCCAGGACCAGAACCCACGGAAGACCACCACCAAGGUCCUUAGCCCACGAUGCAGACUCGGAGGUCCUGGAAGGGCGCGCCCGCUUCAGUUUCGCCACUGAGUGCGUCAUGAAUGGCCUGCACUGCCCCUUGUCCCGCACGCCGGGGCAUAACCGGACACGGGCCUCGGGUGGUGUGGGGUAUCCCAGCAGGGACGGUGGACCGGGCCGGGCCGACUUCGCCCCAAGUUUGGGCAGAGGAAGGAAAACUGCUUUUGGCCACAAAAAGAAGAAGGAUGACAAGUUUACAAGAGGGUCCCCACUGCUGAUUGUUCCGCCUCAGAAGGCCCCCAGCUUCCAGCUGGACCUGUCCAGCUUCCCCUCGUUGCCAGGAGCUGCUGGAUACCCAGUGGACGGGGUGGGUGUGCUCAGGAACCCUGCUCCGGCAAAUGAGAACCAGGACAGCAGCACUGACGCUGUUCCCUCAGGGACCCCCCAAGAGCCCCUCCAGAGCCCCCCUCCGCCAAAGGACGUCCCCACACCACCUGGUUCUCCACGGCCAAUAUCCUGGGGGCCCAAGCACACGCGGCCCUGGGCCCCCGGGAGCCAAACGCCUGCCUCCGCAAGUAAAUCGGUUCAAGUGAACGGUGCCGCCACGGAGCUGCAGAAGCCCAGCUAUGCGGAGAUCUGUCAGAGGGUGACAGAGCUCCCCCCACCGACGCCGGCUCCGACCCCCAGGGAUGCCAAUGGCGCUGCCCCCACUGCUGAAGACCCCUCCUGCCCACCCACCACCGGGCCUGUGGGCCUCUGAGACCCUUCAUGACCUCCAGCUGUGCUCUUAACCCCCAGAAAUAAGUGUUGUCAGGUCAGGUGACUCGCUUUGCCAUCACUUUUCCUUAUUUUUAUUUGUGGUGUUUACGGACUCGUGUGAGCCAUAUUUUUAUGUUUUAAGGAUAAAGCUGAACCUUAGUUUUUUUGGUUUUUAAAGAGAAACCCAUGUCAGUUUUGGGUCUCCGUGGUCAUUAAAACGCCUCCUGCCUUGCAGUUAUUUCAUGUUGGUAAACAGCUCCCCCUACUGAUCGCCAGGCCCUUUUCCAUUCACAGUCCCUCAGAUACCCCGGAGCGUUCCAAUUUGGGUGGUGGUAUCGUUAUAGCAAGGCUUGUGUCCUAGAAUGCAGGUUCGGGAUUCACUGGUGGGGAUCUUGGCCUUCCUCUUUAUGUGGUCUUGGCCUAGGUGGUGCUGAGGUGAUGGGGCGGGGCUUGGUCUACCAGUCUAUCAAACCACAGGUGAUUCACACCUUGAUUUCAGAACUGGUGGGGUUUUUCCGAAUCCUGUGUCAAAGGAAUGCAUUUGAACCACAGUCCGCUCAAACUGUCUCUGCAGUCCUUUGUGUUUACUUUUUUCUUUUUUUUUGUCAAGGACAUUUAAAUUUUCUUGUGUAUUUAUGAACCUGCAGCAUCUUAAAGGGUUGACCUCCUAUGGGAAUCUUGUUUGGUUUCUGUUAGUCUGAUCACUGUAAAUAUGGAUUAAGAUGAAGCUGUAUAAUUUACAGAGGGACUGCUGUGUGCUCUUAUACUGACACUUAAUAAACUCUACAUUCGUUUCUUGUUUGGAGGCACCUGGUUUGUCAGUUAAGUUAAACACAGCUUCCAAGUUAUUUGUUAAUAUUACUAUUCCGUAACAGGAAUUAAUGUAAACUUUCCUUUUACAAUAGAAACAUACUUCAUACAGCAGUUUUUUUUUUUUUUGCUCCAGUGUUUGAAAACUUGAAUUUAAUUAAACUUGAAAAUAACUUUUGCCUUAACUUUUUUCUUUUUUUUUUAAAAAAAAUAAAAAAUGCUUUAAACCCCAGUUAAUUUGCCUUAGGGGACAAAUGGAUGCAAUGUUAUAUUUGCAUCCUUGUAGGUGAGAAAUCUAAAACUUUUUUUUUUUGUAAUUUUAUUUUUUGUCUUUCCAGUUUUACUGAGGCAUAACAGAUCUUCAGGUUAUCAAUACUGUAUUAAAAUAGACUUUGGAGAAUGCAGUUUGCUUGUACAGUUGUAAAUAAAAUAUAAAUGGGUUAUGUUAAAGUAACAUGAUUUUGUACAAAAUUGAAUUUGCAGUUGUCGAACUUGUGUUAAAAUUAAUUUGUUUACCUCUUGUAGGUUGUUUUAGUUUUUCGACUUUUAUUUUUAAUCAUUUAAUGUUGCAUUCCGUUUUCUGAAAGCUGGAACUGGGUCUGGUUGUUUCAGUAAAAAUUUGGAACGAAUAAUUUGAAAUAAAAAUCUGUUUGGAAACCAAA